GUCGCGGCCUGCUGCCCGACUUCCACGCUGCUGGCGGCGCGUGUGGAACACAUUGGUCUCAUCGUCCCGUCCGAACAAACUCUAAACUGUCAACCUAAACAUAUUUCCUUUGUUUUGCUUCUCCCGGAUUGAAAUUGGAUUCGUUUCAACAUUCAAAGAACGUUCACGUGGAAACUGGGACUCGUCACAAAUCCUUCAGUUAUCGGUAUCUGCAGUUAACUUCAGCUGUAAUCACUACAAAAAAAAUGGCAAAUAUGGCAACCCUGAUCCUGGAGGACGGGACGACGUUCAAAGGCCGCCAAUUUGGUGCAAGCGUGUCGGUAUCCGGAGAAGUUGUGUUUCAGACGGGGAUGGUGGGAUACCCCGAGGCUCUUACUGAUCCAUCCUACCGCUGCCAGCUGCUGACCCUCACUUACCCUCUGGUUGGCAACUAUGGUGUGCCAAUGGAUGAAGAGGGAGAGUUCGGGCUGAGCAAGUGGUUUGAGUCAUACAAGAUCCACGCUGCUGCUUUGAUUAUUGGAGAACUGUCUGAAAGUCCCAGUCACUGGAGUUCAGCCAAGUCACUGGACCAGUGGCUCAAAGAGCAAGGCAUUCCUGGAUUACAAGGUGUUGACACCCGCUGCUUGACCAAAAAGAUCCGAGAGAAGGGGACCAUGUUGGGGAAGCUGAUAGUGGACGGGACUCCUGAGGAAAGUAUUCCCUUCGAUAAUCCCGACAAGAGGAACCUGGUCCGAGAGGUCUCCAUGAAGGAGCCAAAAGUGUUCAAUCAUAGCGGCAGCUUUCGUAUCACAGUGGUGGACUGUGGCAUCAAGUACAACCAGAUCCGCUGCCUGGCUCAGAGAGGAGCCCGUGUUACUGUCGUACCCUGGGACCACCCGCUGGACACCGCCGAUUUUGAUGGUUUGUUCGUCAGUAAUGGUCCCGGGGAUCCCCAGCUCUGUCAGGCCACCAUCAACAACGUGAGGAAGGUGAUCUCUGUGGACCAACCAAAGCCAGUUUUUGGCAUCUGUCUCGGACACCAGCUGCUCUCUCUGGUCAUUGGAGCCAAGACCUACAAGAUGAAGUACGGUAACCGUGGACACAACCAACCGUGCAUCCAUAAUGGGACAGAGCGCUGCUUCAUCACCAGUCAGAAUCACGGCUUCGCUGUCGACCCUGACACUUUGCCCAAAGACUGGGACGUGCUCUUCACAAAUGCUAACGACCACACCAAUGAGGGCAUCGCACACAACACAAAGCCUCUGUUCAGUGUUCAGUUCCACCCAGAGCACAUGGCUGGUCCUACAGAUCUGGUCGGCCUGUUUGAUGUCUUCAUUGAAACGGUGAAAGACCAUAAAGAGGGCAACACUGGAAAAUCUGUGAAGCAGCGUCUGAUGGACCACCUCACUUUCACUGGUUCCCCAAAGGCUGAAGGGCAUGUCAGAUCCAAAAAAGUCCUCAUCCUAGGCUCAGGUGGACUGUCCAUCGGCCAAGCUGGAGAGUUUGAUUACUCCGGCUCGCAGGCUAUUAAGGCUCUGAAGGAAGAGAAUAUCCAGACUGUGUUGAUCAAUCCCAACAUUGCCACUGUCCAGACCUCCAAAGAUCUGGCUGACAAAGUCUACUUUCUGCCGAUUACAGCAGAGUACGUCACUCAGGUGAUAAAAAAUGAGCGCCCGGACGGCGUCCUGCUGACUUUUGGAGGUCAGACUGCUCUGAACUGCGGUGUAGAGCUGACCAAGCUGGGCGUUCUGGAGAAAUAUAAAGUGCAGGUUCUGGGAACUCCUGUUUCCUCCAUUGAGAUGACCGAAGACAGGAAAAUCUUUGUGGAGAAAAUGGAAGAGAUCAAUGAGCAUGUAGCUCCCAGUGAAGCAGCUCUGUCGGUGGAACAGGCGGUGGCAGCUGCUGAGCGUCUUGGCUACCCCGUCUUGGUUCGUUCAGCGUUCGCUCUCGGAGGCCUCGGCUCCGGUUUUGCCAACAACAGAGAGGAGCUGACCUCUCUGGUAACGGCAGCAUUUGCUCACACCUCUCAGGUGCUGGUGGAUAAAUCCCUGAAAGGCUGGAAGGAGAUCGAGUACGAGGUGGUCCGGGACGCCUAUGACAACUGUGUGACUGUGUGUAAUAUGGAGAACAUCGACCCACUGGGUAUCCACACUGGGGAAUCCAUUGUAGUGGCUCCCAGUCAGACGCUUAAUGACCGCGAGUACAACAUGCUGAGAAACACGGCCAUUAAAGUCAUCAGACAUCUCGGCAUCGUGGGAGAGUGUAACAUCCAGUACGCUCUUAACCCCGAAUCUGAACAGUACUACAUCAUUGAGGUGAAUGCCCGCCUGUCACGGAGCUCUGCUCUGGCCAGUAAAGCGACUGGUUAUCCUUUGGCCUACGUAGCAGCUAAACUUGGUCUGGGGAUCCCGCUGCCACAGCUCAAAAACUCGGUGACAAACUCGACGACGGCAAACUUUGAGCCGAGUUUGGAUUACUGUGUGGUGAAGGUGCCUCGCUGGGAUCUCAGCAAGUUCCUCAGGGUUUCCACCAAGAUAGGCAGCUCCAUGAAGAGUGUUGGGGAGGUGAUGGCUAUUGGUCGUAGCUUUGAGGAAGCCUUCCAGAAAGCUCUGAGGAUGGUGGAUGAGAACUGUGUUGGCUUUGACCACACCAUCAAGCCUGUCUCUGAAAAGGAGUUGCAGACUCCUACAGAUAAGCGUAUCUUUGUGCUGGCGGCAGCAUUCAAAGCUGGCUACACUGUGGAAAAGCUGUAUGAGCUGACCAAAAUCGACCGCUGGUUCCUGCACAAGAUGAAGAACAUCGCCGACCACGAGCUGCUGCUGGAGACCUACAAUCAGGAUGAGAGCUCCAUGCCUCCAGAGGUGAUGCUUAAGGCCAAGCAGCUGGGCUUCUCAGACAAGCAGAUAGCACUGGCUGUACAGAGCACAGAGCUGGCCGUCAGAAAGCUGCGUCACGAUUGGUCCAUCCUGCCAGUGGUGAAGCAGAUUGACACAGUGGCGGCUGAAUGGCCGGCUUACACAAACUACCUGUACCUGACCUACCACGGCACAGAGGACGACCUGAGCUUCAACGAUCAGCACGUCAUGGUGAUCGGCUCGGGCGUGUACCGCAUCGGCAGCAGCGUGGAGUUUGAUUGGUGCGCUGUUGGGUGCAUCACCGAGCUCAGGAAGAUGGGCUAUAAGACCAUCAUGGUGAACUACAACCCCGAGACAGUCAGCACAGACUACGACAUGUGCGACCGCCUCUACUUCGAUGAGAUCUCCUUUGAGGUGGUGAUGGACAUCUAUGAAAGGGAAAACCCAGAGGGAGUGAUCCUGUCUAUGGGAGGCCAGCUUCCCAACAACAUUGCCAUGUCGUUGCACCGCCAGCAGUGCCACAUCUUGGGGACUUCGCCCGAGUUCAUCGACAGCGCUGAGAACCGGUUCAAGUUCUCCCGAAUGCUGGACACCAUCGGCAUCAGCCAGCCGCAGUGGAAGGAGCUCUCAGACACUGAGUCUGCUGUGAAGUUUUGCGAGACAGUCGGUUAUCCCUGCCUCGUUCGCCCCUCGUAUGUUCUGAGCGGAGCGGCCAUGAACGUCGCCUACAGUGACAGCGACCUCGAGAAAUACCUGAGUAACGCUGUAGCAGUGUCCAAGGAACACCCUGUGGUCAUCUCUAAAUUCAUUCAGGAGGCUAAGGAGAUAGACGUGGACGCUGUCGCAUGUGACGGUGUAGUGAUGGGCAUUGCGAUUUCUGAACACGUGGAGAACGCUGGAGUUCACUCUGGUGACGCCACCUUGGUGACACCGCCUCAGGACCUCAAUCAGAAAACCAUAGAGAGGAUCAUGCAGAUCGUUCACGCCAUCGGUCAGGAGCUGCAAGUCACCGGGCCGUUUAACCUGCAGUUAAUUGCAAAGGAUGACCAGCUCAAAGUGAUCGAGUGCAACGUCCGAGUUUCUCGCUCCUUCCCCUUUGUGUCCAAGACGCUGGGAGUGGACUUGGUGGCUCUGGCUACCCAGUACAUUAUGGGGGAGGACGUGGAGCCAGUGGGCCUGAUGAAAGGGAAAGGGAUUGUGGGAGUCAAGGUCCCUCAGUUUUCUUUCUCUCGGCUGGCCGGAGCUGAUGUGGUGCUCGGGGUGGAGAUGACCAGCACUGGAGAAGUAGCUUGUUUUGGGGAGAACCGGUACGAGGCUUACCUCAAAGCCAUGCUCUCCACAGGCUUCAAGAUCCCCAAGAAGAACAUCCUGCUCUCCAUCGGCAGCUAUAAGAACAAGAGUGAGCUGCUGCCCACCGUGCAGGCCCUGGAGUCUUUGGGAUAUGACCUGUAUGCCAGCAUGGGCACGGCUGACUUCUACACAGAGCAUGGAGUCAAGGUGACUGCAAUCGAUUGGCCGUUUGAGGAGUACGACAGCGAUGAAUGUGCCACCAAAGAGAAGCAGCGCAGCAUCAUGAACUACCUGGAGGAGAACCACUUCGACCUUGUCAUUAACCUCUCCAUGAGGAACAGCGGAGGUCGAAGGCUCUCCUCCUUUGUCACCAAAGGCUACAGGACCAGGCGUAUGGCUAUCGACUACUCUGUCCCGCUCAUCAUCGAUAUCAAGUGCACCAAGCUCUUUGUUCAGGCUCUUCGUCAGAUUGGAAGGACUCCACCAGUGAAAACUCAUGUUGACAGCAUGGCAUCCCAGACACUCGUCCGUCUGCCCGGUCUGAUCGAUGUCCACGUUCACCUACGGGAGCCUGGCGCCACCCAUAAGGAGGACUUCUCCUCAGGCACAGCAGCUGCUCUGGCAGGAGGAGUGACCCUGGUGUGUGCGAUGCCCAACACUUCCCCCGCCAUCACUGAUGCUAAUAAUCUGGCUCUGGUGCAGAAGUUAGCCAAAGCAGGCAGCCGCUGCGACUACGCCCUGUAUGUGGGCGCUGCCACGGACAACGCUGCUGUCCUGCCGCCCAUCGCCAGCCAGACCGCCGGUCUGAAGAUGUACCUGAAUGACACAUACUCCACCCUCAAGAUGGACAACGUCUCCCUGUGGAUGGAGCACUUUGAGAAAUGGCCCAAGCAGAUGCCCAUCGUGGCUCACGCUGAGAAGCAGACGGUGGCGGCGGUCCUCAUGGUGGCCCAGCUGUACCAGCGGCCAGUCCACAUCUGUCACGUGGCCAAGAAAGAGGAGAUCCUGGUAAUCCGAGCUGCAAAGCAGAAGGGCAUCCAGGUCACAUGCGAGGUCGCCCCUCACCACCUCUUCCUGUGCGAGGAUAAUGUGGCGCAGAUCGGCGACGGUCGAGCGCAGGUUCGACCCAUGCUGGGAACACGCGAGGACAUGGAGACACUCUGGGAAAAUCUGGACAUUAUCGACUGCUUUGCUACAGACCACG